GCCCCCGCAGCCAUGGACAUCGGCGGCUUGGAGACGGUGGUGGCCAACUCCGCCUACGUGUCGGCGCGGGGCGGAGGGCCGGGGGGCUCAGCCCGGGACCGGAAGCAUCGCGCCCGCCUGCGCCUGCCCCACAUCUCCCAGUGCGAAGCCCUGCGAGCCCGCCUGGCCGGCGGCGGCCUGCAGAACGGCGUGGCGCAGCAAGAUGGCGGCCAGAAGCAAGAUGGCGGCCAGAAGCAAGAUGGCGGCCAGAAGCAAGAUGGCGGCGGGGAGGAGGAGGAGGUGUCCUUCCGGUGGCAGUGCGUGGAGCAGCCAAUCGGAAAGCGGCUUUUCCGGCAGUUCCUGCAAGCCACGCCGGGAUUGGCUGCCGCCGGGGCGCUGUGGGAGGAGCUUGAGGCCUUCGAGUGCUGCGAGGAGGGGGAGAGGAGCGCGGCGGCCGCCAACAUCCGGAAGAGGUUCUUCACCGACGGAGGGGCCGAGCACUGCGGCUUCCUCAGCGCCACCGCAACAGCGCCGCCGGCGGGUCCCGGCACGGCGGACGACUUCAGCGCGGCCCUGGGCGAGCUGCUGUCCCACCUGGAGCGCUCGGCCUGGGCUCCGUACGUCUCGUCGCCGCACUUCGGCCGCUUCUCGCAGUUCAAGUGGCUGGAGGCCCAGGCCGUGGGCGCCGACGCCUUCGCCGAUUUCCGAGUGCUGGGCAAAGGCGGCUUCGGCGAGGUGUGCGCCUGCCAGCGCCGCGCCACCGGCAAGAUGUACGCCAACAAGAGGCUGAACAAGAAGCGGCUCAAGAAGCGCCAGGGAUACGAGGCAGCCCUGGUGGAGAAGCGCAUCCUGGCGCGGGUGCACAGCCGCUUCAUCGUCUCGCUGGCCUGCGCCUUCCAGACCAAGACCGACCUCUGCCUCGUCAUGACGCUGAUGAACGGCGGCGACCUGCGCUACCACGUGUACAACGUGGACGAGGAGAACCCUGGGUUCCCAGAGCCGCGGGCCGUGUUCUACACGGCGCAGAUCCUGCUGGGGUUGGAGCACCUCCACCAGCACCGCAUCGUCUACCGGGACCUCAAACCCGAGAACGUCCUGCUGGAUGAUGCUGGACACGUCCGUCUGUCCGACAUGGGGCUGGCCGUGGAGCUGAAGGAGGGGCAGAGCAAGACUCGAGGAUACGCCGGGACCCCCGGCUUCAUGGCCCCCGAGGUGCUGCGGGACGAGGAGUACGACAUGGCGGUGGAUUACUUCACGCUGGGGGUGACGCUGUACGAGAUGCUGGACGCCAAGGGGCCGUUCCGCCGCCGCGGGGAGAAGGUGGGGACCCACGUUAAUCGUGUCACUUAUGGGGCACCUGUGGGGCACUGUGUCCCUAUGGGUCACCCCAUGUCCCUUUGGGUCACCUUGCAUCCCUAUGGGUCACCUAUGGGUCACCUCAUGUCCCUGUGUGUCACCCUAUGUCCCUAUGGGUCACUAUGUGUCACUGUGUCCCUAUGGGUCACCUCGUGUCCCUAUGGGUCAUCUAUGGGUCAACUCAUGUCCCUAUGUGUCCCCCUAUGUCCCUAGGGGUCCCUGUGUGUCACUGUGUCCCUAUGUGUCACCCCAUGUCCCUAUGGGUCAUUCUGUGUCCCUAAGGGUCACCUAUGUGUCACCCCAUGUCCCUAUGGGUCAUCUAUGGGUCACCCCA